AUGACAACAAUAUCACCAUCAUCUAAUAUAACUCAUAUUGUAAAUGAUACAAAACCUAAUACAGAUAAUAUUACAAUUAUACAUAAGGAGAAUGUGAAGAAUAUGAAUUCUGGUAAUCGAAUAACAAUACAAUCCGAUUUAAAUAAUAAUAAUAAUGAUCAUUUUAUACGAUCAUCAAGUCCUCGAUCGAAUGGAUCAUUUCGAUUUGUAAAAUCUGGAUCACGUAGAUUUCCAGAAAUGAAUCCAAAACUUAAUCCUCCUUCAUAUAUGCAGAAACUGGAUGAUGUUCUUGUUGAAAAUGAAAUGAACACUGAAUCAUUUAAAACCAUAAAAAAAUCUAAUAAAUUCAAUCUAAACAAAAAUCCUGAUCAUGAUGAAGAUUGGACUGUUCAUGAUGGAUCUCGUAGAUUUACACCAAUUUUAUCAUCACCUAUAUCAAUCAAAACACCACCACCACCACCAUCCCAAUUCCAAUCUCAAUCUCAACUUCGACCCUUAUCACCACCACUACCACCACUACCCCCAACAACAAUAACUAUACCAUUGAUUGAAAAGAUUAAUCAAUUAACUACUAUCAAUAAAUUCAAUGAAAUCAUUCAACCAAAUUAUAAAGAAAAUCUAUUUACUGAACAAAAAUCAAUAUGGAAUAAAAUGAAUAAACCAUUAACUCAAUUCAAUGAACAAUUACCUAAUUAUUCAAAUAAAUUGAAUCAUCAACGUAUUAUACAUAGUACACCAUGUAGUCCUACUAUCGAAAGAAAUAUCCUUAUUAAACCUAUUCAUAAUCAUGAGGAUGAUGAUGUUAUAUUAAGAAAUCAUAAAAAAUCAUCAAUUGGUUUACCACCACGUCCAUUAAGAUCCCCAAUUAUACGUUUAAAUGGUCGAUCUAUGUCACCAAUCCAUUCACGUAUAUCACCAUUACCAUCUUGUAUAAAUAAUGAAGUAAAUAAAACUAAACAAAUUGAUCCUAUUACUGGUGAAAUUCAAUAUAUCACAUCUAGAACAAGAUCAUAUACUGAUUUAAAUACUAAUCAAUUAAUUACAGAAAUAGAAGAAAAUAUACAAGGUGAAGGAGAUACAGAAGUAAGAGUUGUUCGAAGGAAAACACGUAAAAUAAAACCUAAUACUUGUAGAGAAUCACGAAGUGUGGAUAGUUCAGGAUUUGUGAAAGAUUCAAGAAUUCGUCAAUCUACAGAACAAACACAAAAUGAUCAAAUUCAACGUGAUUCAAGAACUCAUCAACGUACAGAAGAAACAAAAACUGAAAAACAUAUUGAAGAAGAGUUAAAUUAUCAACGCUCUUCAACGAAAGUUCAACCUCAAAGAACAUCAAGUCAGAUGAAUAUUAGUGGACCUAGUACAAUGACUAAAACUGCAUGGUUGUCAGAAACCAAUUUAAGGAAUAGUUCAACAUGCAAACAACCACCAAUGUAUUCAACUUAUUCAGCUCAUAAAGAAAAUAUGAGACGAAUGCAAGAACAAAGAACAACAGAAGAUUGGCAAGCUUCAAAUAGACAAUUACAUGAUUCCAGAUCAGUGGGUAGUCGAGCUGUUUUAGAAGAAAUGGAAACGAUUACAUUACAACCAAUUGGUCGUGGUGUACACGACUUGGAACCACCAACUGGUUCUAUAGCUAGAUCAGUUCGUGCUACAACACCAAGUGCGAAUAGAUCAUACGCUCCUGGAUUAGAACAACAAGAUGGUUUCCGUACACUUGCAACAACAAAUUAUCAUCGUGAAAUGCAUACAUCUGGACCACAAUCACCAUAUCUUGGGACAAUCAGACAUAAUUCACAAUAUGAAACAACACCAAUAGUGAAUCGAUCAGUAGUUCAACAAUCUGUUAUACCAUUUUCACCAAAUGGAAGUUUAUCUGGAACGAAUAUUGGUGUUGAUAUUGUCGAUGGUGAUACAGUAGGAAUGCGUCAAGUUCUUGAUACAUCUAAAUAUUGGUAUUUACCAGGAAUCUCACGUCCUGAUGUUAUUGCAUUAUUACGUGAUAAAGAACCUGGAACUUUUGUUAUACGUAAUAGUAAUACAUAUGCUGAUAGUUUUGGUUUAGCAUUGAAAAUUCCUCCGAAUUCACCUAGAGUUAUAUCGAAUAAAGAGGAUAUUCAAUCUGAAUGGGUACGUCAUUUUCUAAUUGGUACAGUUCCUAUGCAUGAUGGUCGUGGGAAUGGAGUACAUUUACGUGGUUUCUCUAGUGAUCCAACAUUUCCAAGUUUAGCAGCAUUUGUUCAUUAUCAUAUUCAUAAACAAGGUGCAUUACCAUGUACACUUCGUCUUCCAAUAUUUAAUAAUCAAACAUUAUAUAAUCAACAAAGAACUACUAUUAAUGAACAAACAGUUUAUGGAUUAGAACCUUCAUUACAGACAAUAUUACCAACUACUAAUACAAUGAGUACGGAUAUGCUUUAUCUUGGUUCUGUUGAAGUAGAUCGUCUUGAAAAUAUGAAUGCAGCAAUUCGUGGAAUUGGAAAAAUAAUAAGUUUAGCACAAUCAUAUACAGAUGGUUUACCAAAACGAUGUGAAGUUCAAAUUAAAGUUAUACCACAUGAAGGAAUUACGUUUACGGAAAAAUAUCGACGUGCUGCUUGGAGAAAAACUAUUAAACCUAAUAAUUUACUUUGGUGUGGUUUAGAUCCAGAAAAUCGAGAAUUUAAUGAUGCGGAAUUACGAUCUAAAGGAAUGUAUGGUUCAAAAAUAUUUGCAUUAGUUGCACGUAAACAACGUUUCUGGUUACAUGAUAAUGUAGUUUAUGUAUUUUGUGAAAUUGAUCAUAAUCAUUCAGCUAUUCAAUUAGUACGUUUUAUUAAUUCUAUCUUUCCUGGUUUAAGGGAUUAA